AUGGGAAAAGAUUACUACAAAAUUCUUGGCGUCUCAAGAACUGCCUCUGAUGAUGAUAUAAAGAAAGCUUACCGGAAAUUGGCUGUGAAGCAUCAUCCGGACAAAAACCCCGACAACCAGGAGGUUGCAGCAGAGAAGUUCAAGGAAAUCAGCGAGGCCUUUGAGGUGCUGUCAGAUACGGACAAGCGUCAGGUGUAUGAUCAGUUUGGGGAGCAGGGCCUCAAGGGAGGGAUGCCCGGAAACAUGCCAGGAGGUGGAGGCGGCACGCCAGGCGGCAUGCACUUUAAUGCCACAAAUCCUGAGGAAAUCUUUGCCAGGUUCUUCGGCAGCAGCAAUCCAUUUGGCGGCGGGGGAGGCCGCGGUGGGAUGCCAGGGAUGCAUUCUGGCAUGGGAGGCAUGCCAGGAGGAGGCUUGUUUGGGGGCGUGGGCAUGAAUGGGAGGGCGGGCGCCAGGCAGGACCCACCUUUAGAGCAUGAGCUGCCCUGCUCACUGGAGGAGCUGUACAGGGGCACCACAAAGCGCAUGAAGAUCUCACGCAGCGUGACAGACAUGUCUGGGCGGACAGAGCGCAUGACAGAGACGCUGUCCAUUGAGAUUAAGCCCGGAUGGAAGAAGGGCACAAAAGUCACAUUUCCCAAGAAAGGUGACGAGCGGCCUGGGACGAUACCUGCUGACAUAGUCUUUGUCAUCAGCGAGAAGAAGCACCCGGUGUUUGAGAGGGAAGGCAAUGAUCUGACACACACGGCAAGGCUGCCUCUUGUGGAUGCUCUCUGCGGGGCUACCAUAAAGCUGACCACCCUGGAUGGCAGGCCGCUCACGGUGUCAGUCAGCGAUGUGGCCAGGCCAGGAGCAGAGAAGAGGGUCAAGGGCGAAGGAAUGCCCCAGUCCAAGGUACCAGGCACAAAGGGCGACCUUAGAGUGCGAUUUGAUGUUAUUUUCCCACGCACCCUGUCCGACCAGCAGAAGGCAGGCCUGAGGCAGCUUCUGCCCUCCGGGUGAAUUGAUGAAAGGUGCCGAAUAGGAGUUUAGUACUGGUCCCACAGGAGUGACUUUUCUACUCUAGGAACAACGAAUAGAUUGUAUAUUUGUCACCAGGACAGCUGUAUGAUAAAGCCUGUAUUUUCAAAUUUGUACAG